AUGGCCCUCGCGUCGCUCUUCGGCUUUCCGAACAUUCCAGAGGAAUCUAAGAGCAUCGAGUUCUGGAAGGAUCCUGAACGCUCCGGGUGGCUCACAAAGCAAGGCGAGUACAUAAAGACGUGGCGGCGGCGGUGGUUUGUGCUGAAGGAGGGCCACAUGUUCUGGUUCAAGGACGACAAGGUCUCCAAGGACUCGCAGCCGCGCGGGGUGAUCAACGUGGGGCGGUGUCUGACGAUCAAGGGAGCAGAGGACGUGAUCAACCGCGCGCACGCCUUUGAGCUCUCCACCUCCAACGACACGCUCUUCUUCAUUGCUGACUCCGAUAAGGCAAGCUGCCCUGCCCUGCUCUGCUUGCUCUGCUGCCCGCUCUGCGUGCUCCGACGAGUGACACACCUUGACUCGGCAAGGCAGGGGUUGAAAGAGGGUUUAGGGCUGUGCAGAGAGGUGCAGAGUGCUGGACACGCGCACAGCACAGCUCAUGGGCGCGGCAUGCAGGCAGGAUCGCACAGUGGAAUGGCAGGCCAGCUCACAUCCCCUUCCUGCGUCUCUCCCAACCCACGACCUCAUACGCCUCAAACCCCCUCAUCCCUCUUCUGCCCCUCCUCCCCUCCUGCUCCCUCCCCCCUCCCCUCCACGCCCCCUUCCACCUCUCACUCUCCCUUCCAUCUCUCACCCCACCACUCCCCUCCCCCCAUGUGUGGCUGGCAGGAGAAGGAGGAUUGGAUCAACUCAGUGGGGCGGGCCAUAGUGCGGCACUCCCGGUCAGUCACGGACUACGAGGUCCUCGAUUACGACUGCCGCUCUCACACCCGCGGCCCCGCCCCUCCCGCUGCUGCCACGUCCCCCUCUGCUGCUGCUGGUGCUGCUGGUGAAGCUAGGUUGGAUCCAUCCGGUGGUGACCCCUCUGCCAGUGACGCCAAGGGGGAGCUUCCAUCCGAUGCUGCCCCAGCUGCUCUUCCUUCAGCAUGA